UCUAAACAACCAACAAGUCGAAUAACUCUACUGCGAUAUACCCUCACAGGGCACAAUGGCAGCUAGAGCUUCAUCCGCGCUUCCAGGCGCUCGAAUGAUUCGCAGACAAACAAGACAAUCCAACAGCUCACUGCUCCCCUUUCUGUACCAAACCCAAACACUCCAGCAAACCGUUUCAAGCGCAGGCCGGGCUUCAAUCCAAUUCUAUCACUCCUCCAAUUCUCCCCACGCCGCUCGGUAUCGCCAUCGACCACACGGCAAUCGUCACUCUCAAUACGAAGAAGAGGAUGAUCUUGAAGACAUUCCACUAGUUGACGCGCCUGCCCCCGAGCCCAGUGAAACCCAACCCAAACCCACCUCUACUAUUACCCCUUCCGAGCGAGCCACAUUCGCCCGGCUCUUUGACGAUCUUGCGAAUGAUUCUUCCCCAUACUCUGCCUCAUCUUUGGAGAAGCCAGAUCUUCUCCAACCAAGAGGCGAAGUUCGGUCUAUCCUCUACAAUGCGCUGGACAGGCAAUCUGAAUCGUCACAUCGAGCGGGACCUCGAUCAUCGUCUCGAAGAACAGACCACACAUCGUUCCAGCGUUUGAGGAAACGUUCCGAUGACAAUGAACAAAUUGACGAGGCCAUCUCACGCUACCCCGAAUCUCUCCGCAUGGCCGCGCAGACUGCAUUUGGCGUCAUUCAGCAACGCCAAGAGCACUCUCGUGGAGUCAGUCCCGAAAGUAGUGGAACCAGUGGCACUGAUGCAACGACUGCAACCACACCAUCUCCUUCCGGAGGAACGGCGGCGGCCGAGAAUGCGCCUCUUGAUCCAUUCACUCAGCUCCAACAGCAAGAACUCCACCGCGUCGAAGCGCUUCUGCACGCUGCCCAGACCGACAUGGAGCUGUGGGAAGUCUUGCAAAAGGAGGUCUUCUCCAUGGUCAGCAAGAUUGACAUUGGUGCCGAGGAGAAAAAGUUGCAGGAUGAGCGAAAAGCUCAAAAGGCCGCUGCCGCAGCCGCCAGAAAAGCCGAACGCGAAGAGCGCAAGAGGCUGAAGGAGCAGGCCAAAACCUCCUCUUCCUCUGCUCCUCCUCCCGCAGACUCUUCUUCCAAUCCCUCUUCCAACCCCCCUUCUCCUUCCCCUCCCUCCUCCGCCCAAGCGCCAUCCAUCCCCCUCAUCCCCAUCGCCGCACUCAACUAUCCCUCUCACCUCCUCCUCGCACUGCGCAUCCUGCGGCACUCCUUCCCUCGCUCUUCUCUCCCGUACGCGCUUCUCCCCGCCAUCAAACACCUCGGCGACAUUUCCUUUAUUCUCGGCGCAUCCACGGCGCUCUACAACGAACUCAUCGCCAUCCACUGGCACAAAGACGCCGACUAUCACGCCAUCAGCGACCUCUUGGCAGACAUGCAGGCCCGGAAUGUCGAGUUUGAUGCCGAAACGCUGAGUAUCCUCCUCGCCAUUGAAAAGGACUCGAUUGAUCCUAUCCGACGCGGACUCAAGGGCCAGGCCCUCGCCCAGGUCUAUCGCAUGCAGAGCGUCAAGACGGGCACGAGUAAAGUCCUGAGGUGGAAGGAGAAAGUCAGGGCGAAGCUGUAUGAGCGUGCGCUUAAAGAGGCGCGUGUCAAGGAGGAGUAUGGGGCUUUUUAAACGAAUAGAUUACGUAUCUCUUCCUUUAAAGAACCUUUCUUCUUUUUUUUAUUUUUACUUUUAUUUACAACUUCUGUGUCUUCUUCUCUUGAUUGUCAGAGUCUUGUGCACGGCGUGAGAAGUGUAUAGGUGUGUUUCCAAAGAAACAAGGAGAACAGAUGGAAGAGUAGGAUGUGUUUGACUAGAGGAUAUAAAUGUAGCCGUUGGAUGGAUAUACAUACAAUGUAUUAUAUAUUCUAAGAGGUUAAUUACACGGAGUAUAACUACAAAAGAAGAGAUGGAAGGGCGAUGCAUAAAAAAUACAACAAGGUACUAUAAAUACAUCGUAAAUGUAAACACUAUAUCAA